AUGGCCACGCAGACGAGCGGGCCGCACUGGAAACUCUGGCAGCCUCUGCUCGUCCAUACCCGUCCAGGACUCUUGCCCAACAAGGCAGCAGUCGACACCACAAACACAGCAAUGAGCCAACCAGCGACCAAGCGUACUCGCAAGGUCCCCCAGAUCCUCUUUAGUGAAGAUCAUGGCAUUUAUAGCGAGUUUGCUACUUCGUCUCCUCAUCCUAUCUUGUAUGACGGCGCGCUCUACCCGACUGCAGAACAUCUCUUUCAAGCUCUCAAGUUUGUCGAUGGCCGCCCCGAUAUUGCAGAAUACAUCAGGACGUCGUCUCCACGUCCAAGCCAGGCUCAUUCUCUCGGCAAGGCCUAUCAAGCCUUUGUCCGCGAGGAUUGGCAUAUUGUCCAGAUCGCCAAGAUGAACGAAAUCAUUACGCUCAAGUUUUCUCAGCAUCCAGAGCUCGUCAAACUCCUCCUCGGCACUGGGGAUGCCGAACUCGUAGAGAACUCGAAUGAUGCAUUUUGGGGCAUUGGUCCGGACAAAAAGGGCCGCAACGAAUACGGCAAGGCCCUCAUGCGUCUUCGUUCCAAGCUCGUCCAGAUUUCGAAACGCCAUCGUAGUCGCGCAUCGAGCACCUCUUCUUGA